CGGGCACCGAGUCGUCUGGCAAGACUGCGAGCACCGAGUCGUCUGGCGGACAGCAGCGGCAUCGAGUCAACUGGCGGAACAGCGGGCAUCGAGUCAACUGGCGGAACAGCGGGCAGUGAGUCGUCUGGCGGAACAGCGGGCAUCGAGUCAACUGGCGGAACAGCGGGCAUCGAGUCAACUGGCGGAACAGCGGGCACCGAGUCGUCUGGCAAGACUGCGGGCACUGAGUCGUCUGGCAAGACUGCGGGCACCGAGUCACCUGGCAUUGGAUCGUCUGGCUCGACAGCGGGCAUCGGGUCACCAGGCAUCAGGUCAUUUGGCUCGCCAGCGGGCACCGCGUCAUCUGGCAAGGCAGUGGGCACCGAGUCACCAGGUACGACAGCGGGCUCUGAGUCAAUUGGCACGACAGCGGGCACCGGAUCAGGUACCGGAUCAUCUGGAUCAACAGCGGGCAUCGAGUCAACUGGC